AUGGCCCACUCUGACGAUGAGAGUGAGACCGUUUGCAACAAGUUUACGGUAGGUUUUUGUAAGUAGAGUUGGGUAAUGCUUAAAUAGCGGUGUAGGGAAAUGGUUAUAUAAUGGGGUAGGGUAAGGGUUACGUCGUAGGUUUGGCAGGGUAGGAUACGGUAAGGAUCACACAAUGAUAUAGAGUAAUGGCCAGAUACUAGCGUGGGCUAAGGUUUACGUAAUGGGUCAGGUUAAGGGUUUCAUUGUGGGGUAGGGUAGGAGUUCUAUAGUGGGUAAGGUCAGGGCUUUAUAGUGGGGUAUGGUAACGUUUACGUAAUGAGGUAGGGUAUGGGUUGUGUUAGGGUACUUCAAGCAGUGUUUGGUUGGGCGGGUUUUUAAGCAGGGCAGGGGGUAUAUUAAAAUAAAAAUUUAAGAAGGAGGGGCCUUUAAUUAGGGCAGGUUUGAGCAAUUAUUUGUUUUUGGCUGUGGUUAUUACUAUUUUUAAAAAGUUUAGGGCACGGUAGAGUACAGUAAAUUUUUACAAGCUAAAAAAAAUUUUAUUUGUAAAAAAAUUUUGAAAAAUUAAAUGUGUAAGUUUAGGUCACAUCCAUGAUACCAGAAGAUGCAGACGACAGUGAAAAUCACACGAUUCAUAUAGAUGUGGCUGAUGAGACACGAGAAGCUCAGGAUGUAAGUUAUUAAUAAUAUGAUUUCUAUUUUGGUUUUAAAAGUAUCUUAUCUGUUCUUAUCUUUUUACCCCUAUAGGGGCCUACCCUUCCAUUGCGUCACCUCCAAAAAAUUUUUAAAUUUUUAAAAAUUUUUUUAUUUUAGCUUCCACUCUCCCCAUCCCUAUCAUCCUACCUCAAGAAUACUGAGCCCCUCUCAUCAAUCCCAUCCUACGGUCAUGACAUGACUCCAGAUACUGUAAACAUUAGAAAUAAUCGAAGAUUUACCAACGUUUGGGAUAACAACAUUCUUAUCAAUGCUAAUCAAAACUCAUUGGAUCGCCCGCCGGUGGUCGAUAAUUAUCGGCAUUCGGUCGAUAUUGGCAGCACUCGACCAACCUUGAUGCAGCUAAUGCACGGUGAUACUAUGGAUGCGUUGGAGGAGUUUGAGGUAAAGAUUUGGAUAUUGUAGUAGACUUGGGAUACUGUAAAUUUGAAAAGGUUUGUAUUAGGGAGAUAUUAGUGGUCCUAAAGAUGUUAUUAUUGGUCUGUGAUAUUGUUAUAGGCUUUAAUGUAUAAAGUUAAGUUAUUGUAAGUCUUUAAAAGGAUCAAAAUACUACAGUAUACUGUUUAGAAAGCCCAACAUCAAGUAGAAUCCGAAAUGGCGGAAAACAGGUCGAAAGUCUCUCGAACGGAAAACUUUGUCAGUUCGGUACUAAAAGGACCACAAGGAAGAAAGUACACGGCUUCAACUGGUACUCCUUCGGUAACUCUACGUAAGUAUACUUUUUUAUUUUGUAUAUACUCUACCGUAUCUCACAGUAUAUUACCAUAGUUUACACUAGUUUACUCGACUCUGUCUUACUUUGUCAUACAUUACUCUUACCUAUCUUACCUUGUUUUUUACUACGCUAGGCUACUUUAUUUUACCCUACGCUACCGUACCCUACUGUAACCUACUCUUCCCUAACUUACCUUACUCUACGCUGCUCUAUCUUACCCUACCUUACCCUACUUUACUCUACCUUACCCUACUUUCGUAUCCUGCCUUGUCCUGCUUUACUUUGUCAUACUCUACUUUAUUUUACUCUACCGCUGUCUUACUCUACAGUACUUUAUUCUACCUUACUAUUCUUACAAGAUAUUUAAAAGCUUAUUUCAGCCGCAGGCCCAAAGUCCCGGACCGGUCCGCAAAAGUUUGGCUGGAUCGUCGGUGUCCUAGUCAGAUGUAUUCAAAGUAUUUUCGGUGUCAUUCUCUACAUUCGUGUGGCAUGGGUGGCGGGACAGGCUGGAAUCGUAAUGGGUAAUGUGAUCGUUCUAUUGGCUUCAGUUGUAACAACCAUCACUGCUCUCUCGACUUGUGCCAUCUGUACGAAUGGCGAUGUGAAAGGGGGCGGGGCGUAUUUCUUGAUAUCAAGAUCGCUCGGCCCCGAAUUCGGCGGAUCAAUUGGACUGAUUUUCUCGCUAGCUAAUGCUGUUGGAGCGGCUAUGUACAUUGUGGGAUUUGCUGAGACGAUGAGAGACCUACUGAAGGAGUACGGUAUUAUGCUGAUUGAUGGAGGGCUGAACGAUGUCCGACUGAUGGGAUUGUGUAAGUGGGGUCUAAAGUGUUGGACUUUAUAUUUUAUAGUAUCGUCAUCAGUCUUGGGCGGGUAUUUAAGCCUAAGGAGAAAGGGAUGAAAUAUCUUUCCCUACCUUAUCUUGUCCUUCUCUGUUUAUUUGAGCUUUCCUGUACCUUUAAUGGGUUUUGUUUCAGUAGCAGCAGUCAUUUUGAUAACGAUCGUCUUCAUUGGCACAGGAUUUGAAAGCAAAAUGCAAGUGGUACUCUUAAUAGUACAGUUCACAGCGAUUGCCGACUACUUUAUUGGUACCUUCUUGCCGCCAUCGGAAGAUCAAAGGCUUCGUGGACUGACUGGCUACAAUGGUAAAGUUUUUUGCAUACUGUAGUGUUGGUAUAUAGUAUUACUUUUUGUAUACAUACUGUGUCAGGGGGUGCAGAAUUAAGUGAACGGCCUUUAAAUGAAACGACAAGAAAGUUACAGUAGGGUGUUCACUCAAAAUGACACGAAGUUAUAUGUUCAUAUUAGAGCUUCCAAAAAGUUUUGUCGUUUUUGAACGUGUAAAGUGAUUUAAAUUGACGUCAAGGCUAUUUUGACGUUUUAUAGGGAUUAAACUGAUAGUAAAACUGCUUGGUGUAUUUUAUAAUAGUACUUUUGGUUUUAGUAAACACAAUUAAGGACAACUUUUGGCCGGUAUUUCGAGAAGGCUACGGAUUCUUCCAAGUGUUUUCCAUCUACUUCCCAGCUGCUACUGGCAUCAUGGCCGGAGCAAACAUAUCCGGAGAUCUGGCCGAUCCACAGGUAAUAUCUUUUAACUUUGUUUUUUAAAAAUGAAAAAAGUUUGUAUAUUAUGGUACUGACAUUAAAGUUUUGAUACGUAAUGGUCUGUAUUAUAACCUUUUUUGUUCUUUAUCAUUAACUUAUGAGUACUACUAAGCCAGUAUGGUACUAUUAUCGUAGUUUAAAAGCUAGUACUCCAAUAUCAACUUCUAGAAAGCCAUUCCCCGAGGCACCCUCUGGUCCAUCUUCAGUACAACCAUCGUCUACAUGCUUCUCGUAUUUGCCACAGGAGCUACAGUUGUCCGCGAUGCUGAUGGUGUUCAUGUUCCAGUCUUGCUGACAGCCGUAGCCAAUCAAACUCUAGCUCAAGAGAAUGGACUAUUUGCACCAAAACGACCAAUGGCCGCGUACUUCGAACCCCAAUGUGCUCAGAACAGCACGUGCCCGUACGGGUUGAUGAAUUACUUUCAAAUCAUCGAAAUGGGCAGUUUGUGGGGACCAUUGAUCACGGCCGGCAUCUUAACAUCAUCGCUGAGCUCGGCUUUGGCUAGUUUGGUCGGGGCGCCAAAGGUUUUUCAGGUAGGGAUAUUUGUAACAUCAAGAGCAAUGAAAAUUUUAAUUUUUGAAAUUUUGAAAAAAUUAAAAAAAUUGAAAAUUGUUUUGAAAAUGUAACUUUAGGCUGUAUGCAACGACAAACUGUUCCCAUACAUAAAAUAUUUUGCCAAAACGUUCGGAAAGGACGAGGAACCUCGACGUGCUUAUGCCUUGACCUUUAUCAUCUGUUGCUUUAUCAUUGGCAUUGGUAAGUAUUAUAUUUGGGUAAAAUACGGAAGACUUCCAUACUCUAAAACUUAAAACCAUAUUUUUUUGUCUUAUUUGACCUAAUCUUUCAGGUGACCUAAACCUGAUAGCCCCAAUCAUAUCCAACUUCUUCCUAUGUUCAUAUGCCUUGGUCAACUACGCUUGCUUCGACUGCUCUAUGGCCAAAACGCCAGGCUUUAGGCCCGCAUUUAAGUACUACAACAAAUGGGUCAGCUUGGCUGGUGCCAUUCUUUGUGUAUCAGUUAUGUUUGUCAUGAACUGGUUCACCGCCUUGUUGACCUUCUUCUUCUUCGGAUUACUGUUCCUUUAUAUGCAUCAUCGGAAGCCCGGUGAGUUUUUUUAUUUUGGAGAUUGGUACUGAAUAGUACGUACUUUUUUGGUUUGUAUAAUUAUGUACUCUUUGGUACUGUGUAGUACGUACUGUUUGGUAGUGAUUAGUACGUAUCGUAUCAUAAUAGCUAGUACUUGUUUCUUUGUACUGAAUGGUACAUACUAUAUUGUACUAUUAAGUACAUACUUUGUAGUACUAAAUAGUACGUACUAUAUAGUACUAAGCAUUUUAUAAAAUAUUUGUUCAGAAGUUAACUGGGGAUCUACCCUCCAAGCCCACAACUACCGUAAUGCCCUUCAAAGCGUCACCAAAUUGGAACGUACUGAUGAGCACAUCAAGAACUACCGUCCUCAAAUCCUCCUUCUCACUGGAAACCCGGCGUCACGCCCAUCAUUGAUCGACUUCUUCAGCAACAUUACCAAAGACACUUGUCUCCUCACUUGUGGCUAUAUCGUACCGGUCGAAAAGAGUGAAAUGGUGACAUUAUUAAACAAGAAAUUCGCGAAUGAAAUCAGAAGUUGGCUAAAGAAACGCCACAUCAAAGGCUUCUACACGGCUACAGCGAACAAGAGUUUGAAGGCGGGUGCGGCCAAUAUGAUGCAAACGGUUGGGCUUGGCAAACUAAGGCCAAACAUUUUGGCUAUGGGCUUCAAACAGGAUUGGAUGGAGAAUGCAGACAAGUUGAAGGAGAUGAAUGAGUACUACAAUAUUAUACAGUAAGUUUUAUAUUGACUUAGGAGAAGGAAGUUCUUUGAAUGGGCGGUUUUGGUUUAAAGAAGUAAAAAGUUAGGGCAGGGUGCGAUAGUGUACAGUAAGGUAGGGAGGUAGGGUACUUUAGAGUAAGGUACGAUAAAGUAAAGUAGCUUUUUAUGUCAUCUUGGAUGCAUUUUCAAAAAUGUUUUAGAGAAGCCUUUGAAAACCAGAUGGGACUACUCCUUCUACGUUCCGAUGAACUUGGAUUUGAUUUCGAGGCGAUGUUGAGUCAAUUGGGAGCAGCAAAAUCGAAAGAUAUCAAGAGAAUGAAUACCAUGUCUGAAGAUGGCUACCAAACGAUGGGAAGUAACCGACAAUCGUCGAUGUAUGGCGAACAGGAAACAUGCCCAGACUAUGACAAGUUCGAUCUGUCUAUGAAUGUGAACGCUCUUCAGAAGAGGCCGUAAGAUAACUUUUUUGGUUUUACAUGGGUUUUGAUGGUAAAAUACGGUUUUUAAUGCCUUUUAUUUGUUAAAAAAACUCUUAAAAUCAUGAAAAAAAUUUUUUUUGAUUUUAAAUUUAUGCAAAUUUUUUCAGAGCUUCCCGAAUGACCACAAAACAACGUCAGAUGGCCUUCUCCUUGACCAGAUUCCGUGAAAAAGUCAAAAAGGCAGUGAUUGAUGUCUGGUGGCUCUACGACGAUGGUGGUCUAGCUCUACUCAUACCAUACCUGUUGACCCAACCCAAGUCGUAUUUGGAGAACGCCAAGCUGAGAGUCUUCUCCAUCUCCACCUCUAACGACAUCACUCAAGAACAGAAAAGCAUGGCCGCUUUGUUGGCCAAGUUCCGAAUCAAUGUGGCUGAUCUGAUCAUUAUCAACGAUCACGAGAGGGCUCCUUCUCAGGAUACGUAAGUAGUUUAAAGUUGGUUUAGGUUUUACGGGUAGAAAAGGCUGUUUUACUGGCUUAGCUAGUAAUUUAAAUUUUUAGUGUUCGCAACUUCCUACACUCGAUUCGACCAUUUUAUGGCGAUGGUGAAGGUAUGAUAACCGACAGUGAAUUGGAAUUGCAAAAGGAACGAACAAUCAGGCAAUUGAGAGUGGCCGAACUGCUUCGUGAACACUCUUCAGAAGCUGACUUGGUUGUUGUGUGAGUUUAAAUUUAAAAUUUUGGCGUUAUCAAAAAGUCAAAAUUUAAGAAAAUGAAAAUUUUUAAAAAAUGAAAAAAAAAUUAUUUUUGAAAAUUAAAAAAAAAAAUUUUUUAAAUUUUAAAAUUCGAACAAUUCUAGUUCCAUGCCCCUACCACGAAAAGCCAUUAAAAGUGGUGCUUUAUAUUUGGCCUGGCUUGAACUUAUGACCCAAGAUAUGCCACCAACCCUAUUCGUUCGUGGUAAUCAACAAUCCGUCCUUACCUUCUACUCUUAA